CGGAGAACCAGCCAGCUGUGCUCGUCCUCCUGGGCGCCCCAGUCACAGCUCAGCGGGAAGACUCCGGCGGCGAAGGCGGUGGAAGCCUUUGGGGGCCCCUCGGAGGCGAACGGGGCUCGGUUCCGCGGAGGAAGCGCAACCCUGUAAUAGCUCAACCUCCGGGUGAUUUAUUGCACAAAGGACCCCCCUCCCUUUCCCCUUCAUUGGCUGAUCCCCAUGUGCUUUGCAUCCCUCUCCAUCAUGGGUACCAUGACAACUCAUCAGGGCACAUGAGGCAGCGGCUGUUUUCUCUGGGUUGUCAUCUGGAAAGGGGUGAAGAAGAGAUCUUUCGGAUCGCUCUUUUUCUUAAGAGAAGACAAAAUGGCAUUGAUGCUGCUGAGCCGACAUUUAUCCCCUUCGCUGCAGCAGAACUCUAGGAUAUUUGCAGCAGGUCACAGAGGAAUCAGUCAAGCUGCAGCUAAAAUUGAUGUGGAGUUUGACUACGACGGGCCUCUUAUGAAGACGGAAGUCCCUGGUCCGAAAUCUCGGGAAUUAUUGAAACAGUUGAAUGGAAUUCAGCACGCCGAAGCCGUGCACUUUUUCUGCAACUAUGAGGAAAGCCGAGGGAAUUACCUUGUCGAUGCUGAUGGGAACCGUAUGUUGGAUCUCUACUCUCAGAUUUCUUCCAUUCCGAUAGGUUACAACCAUCCAGCUCUGCUAAAAGUCCUCCAACAGCCCCAGAAUCUGAGCACCUUUGUGAACAGGCCUGCCUUGGGGAUUUUGCCUCCAGGAAACCAUGCUGAAACUCUAAAGGAAUCGUUGCUCUCUGUGGCUCCUAAGGGUCUGUCUCAGGUGGUAACCAUGUCUUGUGGCUCUUGCUCCAACGAAAAUGCCUUUAAAACCAUCUUCAUGUGGUACAGGAGCAAAGAAAGGGGCCAUAACAGCGUGACCAAGGAAGAGCUGGAAACCUGCAUGAUCAACCAGCCGCCAGGUUGCCCAGAAUACAGCAUGCUUUCCUUUAUGGGUGGAUUUCAUGGGAGAACCAUGGGUUGUUUAGCUGCCACACAUUCUAAAGCCAUCCACAAACUAGACAUCCCUUCCUUCGACUGGCCCAUUGCUCCCUUUCCAAGACUGAAGUACCCGCUGGAGGAAUUUGUGAAGGAAAAUGAACAGGAAGAAGCCCGAUGUUUAGAAGAGGUGGAAGAUUUAAUUGUAAAAUACAGAAAAAAGAAGAAAGUGGUUGCAGGGAUCAUCGUGGAGCCAAUUCAGUCAGAAGGGGGAGACAACCAUGCUUCAGAUAAUUUUUUCAGAAAGCUGAGAGACAUCGCCAGAAAGCAUGGGUGCGGUUUCUUGGUGGACGAGGUGCAGACGGGAGGUGGAGCCACAGGCAAAUUUUGGGCCCACGAACACUGGGGCCUCGAUGACCCCAUGGACGUCCUAACCUUCAGCAAGAAGAUGAUGACCGGCGGGUUUUUCCACAAAGAGGAAUUCCGGCCCAAUGCUCCGUAUCGGAUUUUCAACACAUGGCUUGGGGACCCUUCCAAGACCCUCCUUCUUGCAGAAGCCAUUAAUGUUAUCAAAAGAGAGGACCUUUUGAGCAAUGCAGCUCAUGCGGGGAAGGUUUUACUGACGGGGCUGCUGGAUUUACAGAGUCGCUACCCACAUCUGGUCAGCAGGGCACGGGGACGAGGGACGUUCUGUUCAUUUGACGCCCCAAACGAUGCUACUAGGAACAAGCUCAUUGCAAUAGCCAGAAACAAAGGUGUGGUGUUGGGAGGCAGUGGCGACCGAUCCAUCCGUUUCCGGCCCACCCUGGUCUUCCGAGACCAUCAUGCGCAUCUCUUCCUGAACAUCUUCAGCGACAUUUUGGCUGACUUCAAGUAGCCAAGCCUUACCUUGCACUGAGAAAACCAACACACCCAAAUCCUAUAAGAGUCUAAGAAUAGUUUAUUUAAAAAUCAUAUUCAUAUAUAUAUAUAUUCACUAAUAGAAAAGAACUGAAUUCAUGAAGGCGGCUUUGUUUUUAAAUAUUGGUUUUCUUCUCCCAUGCUUGCCACCAGUUCAAGCUGCUUCAGCUGAAAUGUUCAGACACCUGUGGUGCUUUUGGAUAGUUUUGCAAGUAUUCGGAGUUCCAGGUAUCAAACCUCUAGGGAUGGGAUCCACAGCCGUUCAUCUCCUUCCAGCCAGUGCAUGCCAAAUUUUGGGUUUGGUUUUUCUGACUCUGAUCUUGAAUUCCCAAGAAUCUUUUCCUGUCAAGUUUCUAGCCCUGGUGACACUUCGGAAAGUGGGCACACAUACUGCCAGUGAGCUGGAAUAAUUGUGGUGUAUUUAACCAGUGCACGUGUCAAAGGUGGAAGCAACUCUUUCCCACAUCUCUGCACAUACACCUAACCCACACCCACAAGUGACCAUGGGCUUGAUACUAUCUGCAUUUAAGCAGCCGCCUCUCCCUUGAGUUUCUCUAUUUAUUUCCCUUCUGAGGGUUGUAUCUGCAUCAGAAAAUGAAACUUAAUUUUUCUUUUCUACGUAGUUUUUGGAGCCACUGUGGUUCCCCUACCCAGUGGCCAUGCUGAGCCAGGGACGAUGGAAGCUGUAGUCCAAAACUGCUAGAAAGCACUGAACAUGGGCAGAAAUUUUUCAAUGCACCAUGAACAGUCCUGCUACAACUCACCUUAGGAACUGUAACGGUGACCCCCCCCCCUUCACUUCUUUUUGAGAACCAGAAUACUAGUUUUUCAAGCCAGUUCCCAGCUUUGGGGAGUUGGAAAUAAAAAUAGGUCUGCAAAACUGGCAAACCUGCCAUGGAGGUGCUAACCUUCUUCGGAAAAUUCUCCCCCUUUUUUGGACAAAAAUCCCCAGAAUAUCCAAGCCAGCAAAGGAUUCUGGAAACUGUAGUCCAAAAAGAGAGAGAACCACAUUCUCCAGGUCAUCCAUGCCUGGCGUUGUCACUUCCACAGACCUGACCUCACUCCCAUUUUGUGCCAAAGUAAAGCAGAAGUUUUAACCUCUGUCGGUAUCUGGUGUCCAAAUGGAGGAAACAGCAGCCCAGUUUGUGAGUGUGGAUUUUUGAAGGGUCCCCCCCUCUCCUUCCCUCAAUACAUUGUCUGCUAAGCAGAAAGUGUUGACUUUCGUAGGUACUGGGAAGAAAAAGAUUAGGGAAACUUCCUUCCAAACUUGCACUCUGCUCUAUAGUUCUCCCCACUCCCCAUAAAAUGGCUUUCCCAGCUUGCUAUGCCAGACUGGACCAAACGUAGCAUAUUUCUCUUGUAUAUUGUGCCUUUUAUUACCCCAUCCAACUCCCUGAAGGCUGGAGCGAGCCAGAGGUUGCUGCCACCCCUACUGUCUGUCAUUACCUUUUAGAGACUUAAAUAUGAAAAGAGUUCGCUAUAGUUUGGGGGGGGGGCAUUACUUUUGGACUACAGUUCCCAAAAUCCCCAUUAGCAUGGCCAUACUGGCUGAGAGUUGUAGUCCAAAAUAGAAGCUUUCCCAGGUUUUGCAACAGACGUGGUAAACUAACCUUCAGAUGUGAAUGCUUCCAUUUAUUAGCUAAACAAGCAAAUUAUUCCUCCUCCUCAUUUCAUGUCAGAUCUCAUUUGAUGCUGUCCAGAAUGUCCAAAAGUCUCUCUUGCACAUUGGGCAAGGUAUGUAUUUAUGUAUGGAAUAACAUACCCAAAGGUAUGUCUAGACUUCUCAAUUCAGCCACUGGUCUCACUUCUAACUCCAUUCUCUCUCAAUAUUUCAUCAUUAUUUGUCCUAUAAGCUGCACUUGAAAACUGUUAUUUUCCUAAAAUUUUUUGAAGUAUCGCUCAUACAAGACGAUGGAUUUAACAUCUAUCCUUGCUCAACCCUUUCCAGCAAGUAUCUCUUGCGCAUCGAAGUCUUGCCUCUGAUAGCUCUAGCAGGCAAAAAACCUUCAGUAAAGGAUCCAGUUUUUUUAAUACUGAUGGGCAAAGAAUAGGGAUUUAGUACAAUUGCCAUAUCGGUGCCGUCGAAGUUACAAAUAUCUCUCGCAAGCCUUGCAUUCUUAUCCUACCCCAAAAUCCCGUUAACCAAAACUUUGACCACAUUCUUGUUUUACUGACGAUAAAAUCCUCUGCAGUGUGCCUCAGGGGUUCCCCGACACCCAUUUAAAACGAUUUCUAUGGGACACCCUUUAACUGUGGACUUGUAUGCACAACCUAAUAACGGUCAGACCAUAGUAGAUGCUUUAAUCUACAGUGUAAACUGACAUCUUUUAGGAAAGUAAUAAUUUGUUUACAGCCUCUCUGUCGACUGUGCCAAAUCCAUGUGUAAACCAGUACCUAAUCGCACCUCUUGACGUUAACUAGUAGCCAUGACAGACAGGUCCAUGAAAUGCAUUUCCUCAGUAUUCUUAAAAUAAAAUAUUUAUAAUUGAA